CACGAAAUCACUACGGCAACUCGUGAGUUGAUCAAAGAUGCUAUGCAAGAUUUGAAAGCAUUGUCGAGCUUCCAAACAACGGACAAAAGCAAAGCUCACAAACGACGCUUGGAACAACAAAAAAUAUCUAAAGAUUUACAAAACAUAACAUCAACUUUCCAAACGUUGCAAAAAGUUCUCGCAAGCCAGCAACGUGAAUCUGUUAAUAGAGUGAGAGCAGCAGCAGUUAUGUUGGAGGCUCGAUCAUCAGCAGAAGUACUACGCAGUCAGCAGAAACAAAUACCAAAUCAUGCACUGGAUCAAGAAGUCGAGUAUAACCAAUCGUUGAUAGCAGACAGAGAAAUUGAAAUAGAGAACAUCGAGAAUGGUAUUACAGAAUUGAAUGAAAUAUUUAGAAACAUGAGCAUGUUGGUUAAUGAACAAGAAUCUGGUAUCCAGAGCAUUUAUGGGAACAUAUUGAAUAUAGCACAGAACACAAGACAGGCAGCUGAUGAAUUGAUAAUAGCUAGUCGGCAUCAACGAAAUACCUUUCGAAACAUGUGUUUAUUUCUAAUUAUUAUUACAAUAGUAGGAAGUAUGUUGGCCUUAAUUAUAAUAGCAGCUUAA